AUGCGCCGCAUCGGCGCCGAAGACUCGGCCGUCGAGAUGGUGGACCUCGCCUCAGACGACGACGAUGACGACAAUGACGACGACUCGGAGCUCUUAUACUCGUACGACUCGAACAGUAGAUCAGGGGACGGCGAUGACGACGACGAUGACGAUUGCGAAGACGACGAAGACGACGACGGCUCCGUAUCGUCCGAUCUGGGCAUCUCCGACACAGAGGUCGAGCGACUGCAGCAGUCAGCACUCUCGCGCCCGCGGCAGACACGUGCCCAUGCCACUUCUGGCACCGCUUCUGGAGCCGCCUCCUCAAACGUGGCAGCCGCUGUCAUGAGCCGAACAAGCCGCGGCAUGUCAGUCGAGCUCUGCCGCUCGCCGUCGCUUGUCUCCGAGGACGAGGACGACGAAGACUUUCGGCCGUCGGGCUCGGACGAUGACGACGAUGAUGACGAGAGCGUAUCUGAGCCGCUGCAAUCUACGCCCCGCCACCCGUCUCGGGCGCUGAGUAGCGAGCCGCCGCCGUCGAGCUUGGCCAUUUUCUCGCGAACCCGAGCGCGAGUGCCCGAAGUCGACGACGACGUCGACGACCUGAUGUGGGACCUCGACUUGCCGCUCGGACCGCUGCUAGACCAGAACGAGGAGGACGAGGGCGUGCUGUAUCAGCAGUUUCUGGCCGAAGUCACCGGCGAAGGCAUGACCUCGAUGUCCGGUGACGACGACGACAACGACGACGACUACAACUUUAUGUCGGAUCUUCUGCGGAUGCGGCUCUCACCGAUGUUCCAAGCCGACAAAGAUGCCGAGUAUAACACCGGCGCGCGCAUUCCGCGACGCGAGGUCCGCAAGCUUCUUGUCUCGUCGGUGGCCGACUCGAUUCCGGAUCCGUACCGCGCCGCACCGCGCGCCCGUCGUGCCCGCUACAAGCUCACAGUUGUCCCGCACGAGACCGAGCACCUGCGGCGCAACCCGUACUCGCUACCGCACCGCGCCGAGUCGGCCCGCCUUGCGCCAUCGCUCUUCACCUCGGCACACCGCCAGCGGCUGCGCCAGCAGCUCCGACUCUACCUCCAGCUCCUUGUCCAGGUCAUGACCCUCUCGACCUUUGAUCGUGCCUCGCGCCCGGUGGCGCCCACCAUCGCCGCUCUCAUCCAGGAGCUCCACUCGCUCGGCGCCGGUCUCCGAGCCGACGGCUCGCUCGCUGUCCGCGCGCUCACCGCCGAGGGCACCCCCGAGCCGGCGCCGCACAACGCGCUCUCCGCCAUCCCGGACCUGGCCACUGCGCGCCUCCUGGCGUCAGUCAUUGCCGACGGCGGGCCGGCUGUCCCGGCCAUGGGCGCCAUAUCCUCCUCGCUCAUCUCGGCGCUCGCUCAGAUUGCUCCGCAGCACUCGCUUUGCGAGAGCUAUGCGCGCGCUACGCCGUUUGGCUCGGUCCUCAAUCUGCACCCAUCGCGCCGGCGCGCCGCCCUCCGCUCGCUCGCCCGCAACGCACUGCGUCGUAAGACUGUCAUCGCUGAGAUGCGGCGGGCGCUGUUCUUCUCCUUUGACCCAGAAUGGAGCUACACGCCCAUACGGUCGCAGUUUACGCCUGCCGAAGACACCCUCCUCACCACCGGCAUUCUGUACUUUGGUUUUACCUCGCCCGAGUACAUUGCGUGGACGCUGCUGCCGACCAAACCGGUCAAGACUCUGCGCAACCGCAUCCGCAACGCCGUUGCAGGCAAGGUGCCGUCGUGCACAAACUUGAUGGCCCUCCGUAAGCUUGUUUCGAUCCGCUCGUCAUGCCCUGAACUCUGGUCGCGCCUUGUCCAGAGCAAGAGCAAGCGGUUGCUUCCACUCCCCGAGGCCGUCGACAGGCUUGCAGCCAUGCUUCCGCAGCUGCCGCCGGCCAUCCGCUGGCUGAUAGCCAUCUUUCCGCGCCGUGGCGACAUCUUUGGCCUCCUGCCGUUGCCGCCUUCGCGCCGGCGCAAGCGUAAGCGCGCCCCAUCGAUCGCCGGUGUCGCCGCAAAGGCGUUGCACCGCCUCGACGGCUCCGCACAUCCGGUCCCUUCUCCCACGCUUGCCGCCAUCCCACCCGACGACGUUCGCCAUGUCUCGCCAGGCUCGCACCCGAUGCCGUUUCUUCCGUUUGACGUUGACCUCUCGCCAGCGUCCCUCGCCCGUCACACUAGCUACGUCCUCGAGGUUGAGGCCUCGCUGGCGAUUCUACGCGAGCGGGAAGAGCAGCGGGCGCGCGCCUUGCGCCCGGUCCCCGCAGCUGCCGAAGAAGUCGUGCUGAGCGACGACGACGAUGAUGACAAUACCCACGGCGGGGCCAACAGUGCCGGCCCGCGGGAGUGGACCGCCGAAGAAAACAAGUCCAUUCUGCGCUGGGCCAAGGCCCACGGGACCGACUUGGCCGUGCACCAUUGA